AUGGCUCUACUCAGAUCUAUCGACGGCGAACAACGCCCGAGUGCCAGUGCCCGCCACUACCCCCUUGACUUCGACCUCCCCUUCGAGCAUUACGAACACCGCCGCAUUGGGCCCCGCGACAUCAUCGUCAACCGUGUCAUGCAGAAGCUCAUGUUCCCCAAGAGCAAGGGUCUCGCCCAGACUUUCGAUGCCCGCCGCAAGCGACACGUACCCGACCACCCACUGAAGCGCGAGGAUGGCCUACACAACUUUGGACCCAUCAGGGCCCACGACAGAGAGCUCGCACGCGACCUCGAGCUGCUGCGAAAGAUGCUGACCACGUGCAGCGUCACCGAACGCCAUCCCGAGCCACUGUGCUUCUUCAUGCAUCUCGAAAUCCAUUCCGAGACUUCGCCCACACAACACACCGUAUAUCGGCACCGCUGGCGUGCUGGGGUUCCGGGGCGGGUUGCUGGGGGAAACACGGGGCGGAUGCCCCCGACAGUUGGGCAAGAAAUCAUCGACCUGGUGACAAGGCACUAUCUCGAGACAGACGACGCCUGCUUGAGGCUUUGGCUGCAGGCCAUGCGCCCGCCAAGCCUGUCCUCGUACAACACUUUGCCCACCAGCUCGCGGCCCGAGCAGACCCGUGCUGCUCCGGCCCAGAGGCGGAAGAGGCGUGAGAAGAGGCAGAUGGCCGAUGACGGGAAGAAGUGGUACCCGCAGGAUGCCUACCUCUUGGCAGCCACUUCGGCAAGGCUGUUCGACAACAACCUGCCUCCCUUGUACGACGGCGGCCCCUUCCUCCCCCAACUACGACUGCCUCUGGUUUCGUCAAAGUCGGCGAGGGCGGAUUACCUGGCGAGUAUCACCGAAGCAGACAAGGAUAUGACGCUCUACCGCAAUCGCUUUUGGGACUGCAUCAUGGACAUGGUUUACCCCUGGCCCGAGGCUCGGGCGCCCAGAAGAGUCCUACACAUUCCCUCACGCGCAUGGCCGUCCGGGCAGCAAUGGGUCCAGGUAUUGAAGGCGUCACCCCCGGUUGACUUCUCCAGCGGCAUGACCGGAAGGGGCCUGGGCCGGAACCCAGUCUGGUCCACAGCAGUGUCCGGCUAUGGCGUGGUCGAGAGGGGCAGGUCGAUCCACCGCUCGCGCCGACGAGCAACGAGUGAGCCGCCACCUGGCCUCUUCACCUCCGCCAGACUUCCCCUGCUGUUUAGCUGCCUGGAUGGGGUCUUGACAUUCCCCCAGAUGAAGCUCGACACCCUCUACCAGCGGAGCCGGCGUCGGAGCCUGAGCAGAACGCGGGUUGCCGAGAUGUUUGACUGGAACACUCGCCGCGGAGGUCGCCAUGACCAAGGCACACGCCGUGAGGAGCCCCAGCAUGAAGCUCAACCCAAUCCGUGGCAGGCACCCUCAGCCCAUCGAUUCCCAACGCGCUUGCACGACCUCAAUGAAUGCCUUGAGGACAGCAUCCGUCAGUGUGGCAUGAAUGUGGAGGAGGUCGAUUGGGCGGGGCUUAACAGGAUGCUUUAUGGCGUCCUGGGCGGGGAUGACGCACAUCACUCUUGUGCCCAUCCUUGCUCAAAUUGCGCGUCGACACAUUCGGUUUGCACAAAGCCAUGCGGGUUCUGCGGCGCACCGAGCCCCAACAGUCAGUGCGUUGGCAGCGCGUUGAGCCUUUCCCAAGUCCAGUCCUUGAGAGACCCGGGCCAGGGGUUCAGGCAGCAUGACAACCUCCACACAGCAAACGACUGUCCCGUGGCCAAGCAAAACCGGUGCAAGUGCGUGCCUUUUCCGCAAUAUCACGUCGCCACAAAGUGUGCUGUUCUCUGCUCGCGGGAUUGUGGCAACCCGUAUCCGCCCGGCCACUUCAAACACAAGAGCGCCAUGACGUGCAAGUCACGCUGCUGCAUGUGCGGGAUCAAGGGCCAUAGCGGCUUGCAGUGCAAGCUGAAGCGCUGUCGCUGUGGUGGGUCGCAUCUGGGGCAAGACUGUACCUGGAAGGUUGAGUGUCGGGUCAAGGGCUGCUUCAACUUUCUGUGUGGCCUCCAUUGUUCCGAAUGCGGCACAUCCAGGAAGCAACUGGAAGAGGGUAUGAGAUUCGAGGGACGUAAAUGCCCUGCCUGUCUGGGCCGGACAAACCUGGGCGCUGAUAUGCCUGUCGACGACACAGGGAGUGGCGAAGCCGAGGCGGAGAGAAUCCCCAGCAGCAAUGCAGCGAGUGAAGGCAGUCAACGACGCGGACGGAAAGACCACAGAAAGAGGAGAGGAAAACAGCCCCAGGACUCGGACACCAAGGUCAAGGGAGGGGAGAAAGAGGAACUUCCUUGGUAUGCACCACUGCAGCCGCGCACACGACCUAUCGUUUUGUCCAAGUCUGGCAAGAGGAAUACCUGGAGAGGGGCUGCUUCGAAUUAA